AUGGAGCUGCCUUCCCGAGGGCGGGCGCCGCUGGACUCGUCGCUGGACAGCUGCUCCCUGACCUCGUUGGAGUCCAGCGUUUUCUGCAGCGAGGGCGAAGGGGAGCCCCUGGCGCUCGGGGACUGCUUCACGGUCAACGUGGGCGGCAGCCGCUUCGUGCUCUCGCAGCAGGCACUGUCCUGCUUCCCGCACACGCGCCUGGGCAAGCUGGCCGUGGUGGUGGCCUCGUGCCGCCGCCGCGGGGCCCUGGCCGCCGUGCCCAGCCCCCUGGAGCUCUGCGACGAUGCUAACCCCGUGGACAACGAGUACUUCUUCGACCGCAGUUCGCAGGCAUUCCGCUACGUCUUGCACUACUACCGCACCGGCCGCCUGCACGUCAUGGAGCAGCUGUGCGCGCUCUCCUUCCUUCAGGAGAUCCAAUACUGGGGCAUCGACGAGCUCAGCAUCGACUCCUGCUGCAGGGACAGAUACUUCAGAAGGAAGGAGUUGAGUGAAACGUUAGACUUUAAGAAGGACACAGAAGACCAGGAGAGUCAACAUGAGAGCGAACAGGACUUCUCACAAGGACCUUGUCCUACUGUCCGCCAGAAGCUCUGGAACAUCCUGGAGAAACCUGGAUCUUCCACAGCUGCUCGAAUCUUUGGGGUCAUCUCCAUCAUCUUUGUGGUGGUGUCCAUCGUCAACAUGGCCCUGAUGUCAGCUGAAUUAAGCUGGCUGGACCUGCAGCUGCUGGAAAUCCUGGAGUACGUGUGUAUCAGCUGGUUCACUGGCGAGUUCAUCCUGCGCCUCCUGUGCGUGCGGGCCAGGUGCCGCUUCCUGAGGAAGGUGCCGAACAUCAUAGACCUCCUUGCCAUCUUGCCCUUCUACAUCACUCUUCUGGUAGAGAGCCUGAGUGGGAGCCAGACUACACAGGAGCUGGAAAAUGUGGGGCGCAUUGUGCAGGUCUUGAGGCUGCUCAGGGCUCUACGCAUGCUAAAGCUGGGCAGACAUUCCACAGGAUUACGCUCACUCGGGAUGACAAUCACCCAGUGUUAUGAAGAAGUCGGCCUACUGCUCCUCUUUUUGUCUGUGGGAAUUUCUAUAUUUUCAACUGUGGAAUAUUUUGCUGAGCAGAGUAUUCCUGACACAACCUUCACAAGUGUCCCUUGUGCAUGGUGGUGGGCCACAACAUCCAUGACUACUGUGGGAUACGGGGACAUUAGACCAGACACCACCACAGGCAAAAUCGUGGCCUUCAUGUGCAUAUUAUCAGGAAUCCUUGUCUUGGCCUUGCCUAUUGCUAUUAUUAACGACCGCUUCUCCGCUUGCUAUUUCACCUUAAAGCUCAAGGAAGCAGCUGUUAGACAGCGCGAAGCUCUGAAGAAGCUUACCAAGAAUAUAGCCACUGACUCAUACAUCAGUGUGAACUUGAGAGAUGUCUAUGCCCGGAGUAUCAUGGAGAUGCUUCGGUUAAAAGGCAGAGAAAGGGCAAGUACUAGGAGCAGUGGAGGAGAUGAUUUCUGGUUUUGAAGCCACUUUCAGUUUAUUUACAAAAGCUUGUGUACAACUAACUCAACUGAUAAAGCCUUGAUAUGGAUGUCUAUGUACUGUUGAAGAGUCUCUUUUGAGUAUACCACCUGUGUUAGUUUUUGCUGAUAUUUUGCUUGGUCUGCUAGAAUAGUUCACGUCCCCCAAAUCGAGUGCACAUUGUUUCGACACAGUUGAGCUGCAAAAAAUAGUC